CCUAUUUACAGUAGUAUAUAAAAAAUUAGAAACUAAAGAUAUGAGAUAAGGAAAGCAGUGAACAAAAGCGAAGCAGCCGAAUAUGGUGGUGGUAUCUAUUGUAUCGCCAUUGCAGGCCAUCGCUGGCAGCCUCUCAGCUCAUCAAUUCCCAACAAUUCACAAAUGGGGGUCGGGAAGAGAUAUUGGUGGAAGAUUGAUCAUCCGUAGAUCCAAGAGCCCCUCAUUUCGUGUACUGGCAAAUCCUAAUGCGUCCACAGGGAAAGAAAACGCAAAGGAGGUGAUAAUGGUUGAUCCGGUGGAAGCAAAACGCUUGGCCGCCAAACAAAUGGAGAAAAUAAAAGCAAAAGAGAAGUUUAAGAGAAGACGUCAAAUAGAAGCAAUUAAUGGAGCUUGGGCAAUGAUCGGUCUCACUGCAGGCUUAGUAAUUGAAGGCAAAACUGGAAAUGGUAUUUUGGCACAGGUGACUGGAUAUUGGACAACCUUUAUCAGUUUUUUUGUCCGAUAAAGUUUAAGAGCUUGGAAAACCUAUAGAAAUGUACAGAACGAGUAAGAAGAAAAAUAAUUUGUGUUUCUUUUUGCCUUCUUCCGCACCCUGUCAUAUUGUGUUGCUGGUUCUAUAGCUAAGGUUUUAUGACCUGCAUAACAUAACAGGAAUCACUUGUUCCAGCUGAUCAUGAAAUACAUUGAUUGGUGCCUUGGUGGCUAAAUUACUAUAAAAUUGUUUAGCUUUUCUUUUA